AUGUCUGCCGAGGCGACCGUCCUACACGGCCCUCUGCCGUCGGCACACGGAAACACAAGCUCGCCAACGUCGCGCGGCGGUGACGAGAGGAGCAGCAGCAGCAGGUCCCUGCACACCUCCAGAGAGCACCAGUACCAGCAGAGGCGAGACAGCCAGUCGAGUUAUCGCGAGCAGGAUAAAAGAGAGGCCAGGUCCUACCGGAGAGAGGAAGACAGAGAGCCGUCGGCAAGGCCUUCAUCGUCGUCGUCGUCGUUUCCGUAUAGGGAUAUCAUCAAGUCUGUGCUUUCCGUCAUGACUAGGAGCGACUUGUCUGCUUUGACGUCUGCUUCGGCCUCGGCUCCGGCUUCUUCAGAUACUAAGAACCCGGAUACCAAAGAGCGGGAAAGGGGAAAGGACAUGAAGGACAAGGACAGACAAGUCGAGGAUGUUGUCAGGGGGCUCGCCAUGGAGGAGUGGAACUCACGGUGGCUGGACGAACUGGUGGCCAAAGUGAAGGGCGAGCUCAACGAUACAGCCUCUGGCCACGGCGUCUCCUCAGACAAUGGCCCUCCCACGCCUCUCUCAGACACCUUCUCCAAGGAAUCCUUGAAGCGCUACCAGCCCACAGUCGAAGACUACGACGAGAGCGAAGACGAAGCCUCGUCCAUCUUCGACCGCAGCUUCGACGCCACCCAGGAUGACGCCCACAAGCCGCUCACGCGCACUUCGUCCUCGCUGUCGAGUGCCUCCUCGGACACCUCCUCGUCCUACUCAGCUGCCUCGUCAGCAUCCUCGUCACCUUCCCCCUCGGACAAGGACUCCGUGCCUUCGCCCCCGAGCUCCGUCUCCUCGUCGUCUCCCCCGCCCAGACCGACCGUCCGUUUCGCGGACAAGCAGCCCCCCGUGAUCCACUACAUUCCCGAGCCACCGGAGCCCGAAGAGCCGGAAGAUGAGCACUAUCGUGAGCCUGAACGCGAACGCGAGCACUACCGUGAAGCCGAACGCGAACGCGUCUUCGACACCCGCUACCACAAGUCCCUCCGCGGCAUCUCCUUCCUCUUCACCGACCUCCGCUGCGAGCACCACCUCGUCCAGCACUCCAUCGCCUCCAAGCCCUGCAUCCCGGCCCUCACCCCGGCCGGCUUCGAGGACUGGAUGACGCUCAUGAUCCGCGCCUUUCCCGACCGCGAGGCCCGCCGCCUGGACCUCGUCCUCGCCGACGUGGCCCUCUUUGCCGACGACCGGACCCCUUCUUCCUUCUCCUCUUCCUCACCACGAUCUACUACUUCUCAGGGCCCACCGCAGAGACUGCCGAGGGAGCUGCCGCGCGAACUGUUUCCCGAGAGGGGCCACGCGCGGGCGUUUGACCUGCUGGCUUCGUCGUUUGCGGAGUGGAAGAGCAUCACGUCCGUCGUCGUCGUCCCCCCCGAAGCAACGACAACAUCGUCAUCAAUCAUCCCCCCUUCUUCUUCAUCAUCAAUCCCUUCUUCUUCUUCUUCUUCCUCUUCCUCUUCAUCUUCCCACUCGCAGUCCCACCUCCAUCUGCACCCCCACGCCGCGUACUCCUCCUCCCUCAUCCCGCCCUCCCUCCAAAAGCUCCCUCCCGCAGCGACCAAGGCCCUCAAGGAAGACACCCGGCGGCACAAGGACCCCUGCUACAUCGACCAGUCGCGUCUCCGGCCCUCGUCCCUCAUCUACCCUUCCUCGUCGUCGCCGUCCUCGCCGUCGUCUUCCUUUUCGACUGGCACUUCUUCCGCGGGGAUGAUGAUGAUGCCCUCCUCUGCUGCGCUGGACGGAAAGGCCCCCCCGGAGGCGAUUGUCAUGUCUUCCGCUGCGUCGUCGUCGUCGUCGUCGUCUUCCUCUUCCAGCUCUGGUUCGUCCUCGGGGUCGUCCAGCUCGAAACAUCGCUCCUCAAGGUCUCGCGAGCGGGAGUCCCGUCACAGGAGCAGUGCUUCGGAGAGGUCUUCUCGCCCGAGGGAACCUUCGCCUCCGAGGGAGGGGCGGAGACACCAUAAGAGCAGCAGACGGUAUAGGGACUCUUGA